GGAGAGUUACUGCAGAAAGCAAAGAGCAAGAAAAGUGGGUGGAAAGUGUGAUGAAGAGAGAGCAGGAGGAGAAAUAGACAGUAGUCCAGCCCACUCCUGUUCAGUGUAUGAACUGCACGUCUGUCUCAACUCAGAAUGGGUUUCACUCCCCACAUGCUGCACAAUACUAUCCACCCCCAGCCUUCAUUACUCUGCACCAUAGGGCUUUGGAAAGUUAAGCAGAGCCUGGAACUCUGAGUUGCUCUCUUCUGCCCUCUAGUGGAGGAAAUGGUGUUGGGACGCUACAUUAUGUCACUAGAAAAGAAGGAGUAGGUUCUACCAAGUUGGCUAAUGGACACAUUGAGGAAACAAAAAUCAAACAAAAAUAGCUCUUUGACGUUGAGCAACUUCUGCACAAUGCCCAACCAAAGGACUUUUAUAAAGUAAUCCAGCACUGAAAGCACAGUGAGGAAAAUUUGGCCCUUCUAUUAAAAAAAAUGAAUUGGACUUGUUCCCCCUCAUUGUCUUCCUUCAACUUUUAUGGUGAUUACCACAACAAUAGUGUCAUUAGGCACCACUAUAAUUACACAGGGAAACUGAAACAGGACAGAUACAAGGAUGGGCUCAAACCAGAAGCUAUCGCAUUUGUUCUGAUUUGCCUGCUUAUUGUUGUGGAAAACACGAUUGUGCUGGUGGCCAUCUGGAAGAACAAGAAGUUCCACCUGCCCAUGUAUUACUUACUAGGCAACCUGACUCUGUCGGAUCUGCUGGCCGGAUUCACAUACAUGGUCAAUAUUAUCAUGUCAGGGCCCAACACUCUUAAUUUGACCCCUCUGCUUUGGUUUCUGAGGGAGGGUGGAGUCUUCAUCACACUCGCCGCAUCAGUCAUCAGCCUCUUGGCCAUCGCCAUUGAGCGUCACAUCACCAUGGUGAAGAUGAAGCCCUAUCAUGGCACCAAGCGCAACCGCAUGUUUGCCUUGAUUGGUGCCAGCUGGGCACUGGCUGUGUUGCUCGGUGUGCUGCCCAUCAUAGGCUGGAAUUGCAUGGGUCAACUACAUCUGUGCUCCACUGUACUUCCACUCUAUUCCAAAAGCUAUGUCCUGUUCUGCGUCACUGUCUUCAGUGCCAUCCUGCUUGCCAUUGUCGUGCUAUACGGGCGCAUAUUUCACACGGUCAAGAGAAAUACGAAGAGGCUGGGCAGCAUACGGCGCAAGGGCUUGGCACGCCGCUCACAGAAGUACAUGGCCCUGCUAAAAACGGUUACCAUCGUACUGGGGGUCUUCAUUGCCUGUUGGCUGCCACUCUUCCUGCUCUUACUGCUGGACUUUGUAUGCCAAACUGGUGCAUGCCCCAUCUUGUUCAAGGCAGACUACUUUCUGGGGCUGGCUAUGAUCAACUCGCUGAUCAACCCUAUUAUAUACACACUGACGAGCAAGGACAUGCGCAAGGCCAUUAUUAAGCUGCUCUGUCGUCGCUGUUUGAUCACUAAAGAUGGUCAGGUAAAGAAACUCGGAAUACCCUUCCUAGAGUGUAGCUUAAGCAAAGCUGAGACAGCCAUUCACCGUGGCCUUGAGACCACCAUCUCCUCUGGGAAUGGCACAUCCUCCCCAAUCCGAAUCAUCACCCCAAAAAACAAAGCUGUCAAACUGUGAAGACUGAUUGUGUCACCAGGUGCUGGAACAUGGUACCAAUGCACCGGAAAUUGCCUGAAGCCACUAGCACACUUUGAGAAUUAAAUAAACACUUGAGGGUUCUCGGGACAAGCAGUCACAGGCAAAACAGGAGCUCUGAUAAGUUUCCUGCUUAAAACUUUUGACAGAAGUAAAAAGGCAAACAGCGUGAGAAACUGCAUUGUCAGCAUCCAUCCAACACAAAAAGUCGGAGCAUGCCCAAGUUCACACAAAUACAGUGUAUCCCCUAUGGGACUAAAAUACGAACUUGGCAUCAGACCUCUGGAGUCUUGGAUCAAAAGAGGUGCUUAAAUUGUGAAUCAGGUAUGCCUAGAUGUUGGUAUAAAAUCAUGAGAACAGCAGCCUUCAGGUAAUAACACCUGAAGAUGGCACCUACUGGGGAGUCAAAUUACUGUCAUGGACAGACCAAAAUCUGACUGCUAUACAAACACUGUGGCUUUGAAUCUGUAUCACUGUUUAGAAAGUUCAUAUAACUUGAGUCAGAAGAGUUACCGUAUGCAGAGAGGAGAAUAAGCAGGAAGGCAGUAGGCGGUGUGUGAAUUACGAGUUAAGUCCUGUGACACAGCCAGAUGCAGGAACCUCAACGGAAAAUCGAAGGUUAUAAAACAAACCUAUGGGAAUUUCUGAAGGUAGACGGAGGCCUCCUUUUGCAAGCACUCGGAAAUAACUUUGCAUAACAUACAAUAUUACUUUUUAAGUUCUUAAGUUAUUACAUUAUUUUGCAAGGUCCAGAAUUUCAGUAGUCAGAGAUCUUUCAGUCCUGCAGAAGCUACAGUCGGCUAAAUAGACUUAACAAUCUGAUCACCACUGGAGAAUGAUAAUCCAGGCUUUUUCUUUUCUCAAACAAAACCACAGAAGAUUAGAAAAGUUAGCAUUCUGAUCAACAUAGCAUUCAAAGCAUGUGUUAUUCCAUGCUUAAAUUUGCCACAUCUUUAUAAUUCAUGCACAUGUAAAUAUUCCUCUUGUUGCUGAUUAGUAAAAUGGCCACUUUGUGUUUAGAAUGUAUUUCAUAUUUCAAACAAGCUGUCACUGUGUAUAGUUUUGUUGUCAUUACAAUGCAUUUUUUAUUGUCCUUACCUUUGUACUGAAUGUUUCUAUUUUUCAAUAUCAAAAUGAUCUUAAAUUAUGUGCCUUUUUGCAUUAUACCUACAAUAAUAAAUGUGACCAGAACUGA